AUGGAAAGGACCAAUGACUCCAUAUUGACAGAAUUUGUCCUGGUUGGACUUUCUGCCCACCCAAAGCUCCAGACAGUUUUCUUUGUGCUAGUUUUGUGGAUGUACCUGAUGAUCCUGCUGGGAAAUGGAGUUAUCAUCUCAGUAAUCAUCUAUGAUUCUCACUUGCACACCCCCAUGUAUUUCUUCCUCUGUAAUCUUUCCUUCCUGGACAUUUGCUACACAAGCUCCUCUGUCCCACUAAUUCUUGACAGCUUUCUGACAGUAAGGAAACGUGUCUCAUUCUCUGGGUGCAUGGUGCAAAUGUUUAUCUCCUUUGCCAUGGCAAAAACAGAGUGUAUGCUUCUGGGCGUGAUGGCACUUGAUCGCUAUGUGGCCAUCUGCUACCCACUGAGAUACCCUGUCAUCAUGAGCAAAGGUGCCUACAUGCUCAUGGCAGCUUGGUCCUGGGUCUCUGGGCUCGUGGAAUCAGUGGUGCAGACAUCUCUCACAAUGCAAUUAUCAUUCUGUGCUAACAAUGUCAUUAACCAUUUUGUCUGUGAAAUUCUGGCUAUCCUGAAACUGGCCUGUGCUGAUAUUUCAAUCAAUGUGAUCAGCAUGGUAGGGUCAAAUUUGAUUUUUCUGGUUAUUCCAUUGCUAGUAAUUUCCCUUUCUUACAUUUUUAUUGUUGCUGCUAUUCUGAGGAUCCCUUCCACUGAAGGAAAACAUAAGGCCUUCUCCACCUGUUCAGGCCACCUGACAGUGGUGAUUAUAUUCUAUGGAACCAUUUUCUUCAUGUAUGCAAAGCCCAAGUCUAAAGAGUCUGUUGAUAAUCAAGACAUCACUGAGGCCCUCAUCUCCCUCUUCUAUGGAGUGAUGACUCCCAUGCUCAAUCCUCUCAUCUACAGUCUUCGGAACAAAGAUGUAAAGGCUGCUGUGAAGAACAUGCUGGGAAGGAAAAACGUCUCUGAUGGACUAUAG